AUGUCAGCACCGAAGGAUAACGAUACCAAUAGAACCGAAAGCAAUGAUACCUCCAACCCAGGACCAAGUACUGAGCCCCCCAUGUCCGGCAUACGCGAGCCCACACAGCACCAUGCAUACAAUAUGAAGAUCUACACCGAUAACCCCGACCGCGCGAAUCGUCUUACAGACGAGGAACAGCAAAGACUAGAGGCACUAGCGGCAGAUUCGAGCGGGGGUGCGAUCUUCGUUACAUAUGAUCUGGUGCACAGAAUAGACACGCUCAUGGCGGACGGGACCAGUCGUGCGGAUGAGGCUUUGAUGCAGUAUUUGUUUCAGGAUGAUAUCUGGGAGGUUGUUGAUACUGGUGAUAUCAAUGAUACGGGAACACGAGAGGGGAAUAGGAACCGGAGUGGCAAUGGAAGGCAAGCCGAGUGCGAAUUGAACUUGCCGAAUGGGACAGGGAGAGCUAUGAAGAGCAAUUGA